AUGGAUUUCCUCAAGUCGGCUGUCGCCUCUGCGAUCGCGAAGGGUAGCUCAUUUCCUUUCUCUCUUGGUGAUAGAGUGGAUAUUGGUGAUUCGAUAUGGACUCUGCACAACGGUACGAAACGGGACGAUGGCUCUGCAUGCAGUGUUUUUACAUUCGAUAUUGCGGCUAAUAAGUCGCGUCUGCCUUUGGCGAAAAAUGCGGUGCGCAAGUCAAGGACCUUGCGCCAUCCUGGUGUGAUUAAGGUCUUGGAUACAAUUGAGAACGAGUCGAACCUAUAUAUCGUUACUGAGCGAGUCGUCCCGCUUUUGUGGCAGGUUAAACGCCGAAGUUUGAGCGAGGAGACUGCGAAAUGGGGUAUUUAUACUGUUUCGUCUACGCUCAAAUUUAUCAAUGAAGAUGCAUCGUCUGUUCAUGGCGCGGUGCGCGCAUCCUCAGUUUAUACCAGCGAAAGCGGCGAAUGGAAACUAGGAGGUUUCGACAUUCUGAGCUCCAUGAAGGAAGAUGAUGCUAUUAUAUACACAUAUGGAAGCAUUGUCCCGGACGCAGCUCGAUACACCCCCCCGGAAGUUGCCAAGGGCGGGUAUGAAGUCAUUAAACGCCAUCCUUUGGCCGCGGUGGAUGCUUACGGACUGGGUGUAUUGAUAUUCGAAGUCUUUAAUGGUCAAUUUUUGGGUGGUGAUCAAAUUGGCAAGACGACGAAUAUCCCACCUAGCAUGCAUCAAAGCUAUAAGCGGCUUUGUACAGCCAACCCUAAGCUUCGAUUGAGCCCGGCGCAUUUCGUUGAACAAGGGAAGAAGCAUGGUGGGUUCUUUCGAACUCCUCUUAUUCGGUUGACGGAGGAUAUCGAGAGUUUGGGUCUCAAAACCGAUGCUGAAAGGGAGGAAUUCAUUAAUGAACUUGAUAAUCUGUCUGAUGAUUUCCCCGAAGACUUUUUUAAGAUGAAAGUACUUCCCGAACUACUUAAAUCGGUUGAAUUUGGCGGCGGUGGACCAAAGGUUCUUGGAGCUACCUUGAAAAUUGGAUCUAAGCUUUCAGCAGAUGAGUUCAACGCGAAGUUGACACCUGUUGUUGUGCGCCUGUUUGGUAACCCUGAUCGUGCACUCCGUGUGUGUCUGUUGGACAACCUGCCUUUGAUGAUUGAUAAUCUCCCCCAGAAGGUCGUUAAUGACAAGAUCUUCCCUCAGAUGACAUCUGGUUUCACUGAUGUUGCUCCUGUGGUUCGUGAGCAGACUGUAAAGGCUGUACUUACGGUUAUCAACAAGUUGAGCGAUAGAGUGGUCAAUGGAGAGCUUCUUAAAUUCCUAGCUCGCACUGCCAAUGACGAGCAACCUGGUAUCCGUACAAAUACUACGAUUUGUCUUGGACGAAUUGCAAAGAACUUAGGUCAAGGUACUCGUUCCAAGGUUCUUAUUGCUGCUUUCUCAAGAGCCAUUCGUGACCCCUUCGUACACGGCCGUAAUGCAGGCUUGCUUGCUUUGGGUGCCACGAUUGAUGUCUUCACAGAAGAAGACUGCGCUGUGAGGAUAUUGCCCGCUAUUUGUCCUGCGUUGAUGGACAAGGAAAAACUUGUUCGAGACCAAGCAAACAAAACGCUUGAUCUUUACCUACAGCGAGUUCGAAAAGUCGCUAGCACAAUGGCAGACACUGUACUACCACCUACUGCUCCCGCGGAGGCCGAACCCAGCAAAUCCGAUGCCCGAAUUGGCACAUCAAAUGAUAAGUCCUGGGCUGGGUGGGCUAUUUCAUCAUUCACUAACAAAAUCGCAUCCGCCGAUGGAGAAAUUGAGCCUACGACCACUACUACUGCUGCCACUAAGCCUGUUGAACCCGACACUACCCGGUCUGCAUCUGUGCCCCGCCCCACUAAAUCCUCUCCUUCUACACAAUUGGAUCUGCCCAAGCAGACCCUACGCCCGAUUGCCCAGCCAUUAGGUCGUUCGCUAUCCGACCGUCCCGCCCCGACUGUGUAUGAGCCUCCAGAACAGGAGGAAGGGGACGAUGUUUUCGAUGCCUGGGAUGCUAUGGACGAAAAUGAGGACGAAGAAAAAGAUGUAGACCCUUUUACUGCAGCCGUGGCCUCCCCCAAGCCAUCAUCGCCUGAUCCCUUCACAGCUAACGCCGCCGCCACGCCUUAUGAUGAUGGCGGUGAGCCCGACUUUGCAGGGUGGUUGGCAGCCAAGAAUCAAGCUAAAGGCAAGAGCGCUUUACCGAAGGGGCUAGCCAAGUCAGCUUCGACAAAUACGGCUACUAGAGCCCCUGUUAAGCCACGCGUCGUGCCAGCCCCGAUUAAGAAGAUAGAUACGAAACCCAAGGACGAAGAUGAGGACGACGGAUGGGGAGAUGCUUGGGAUUAG